CCCGCCACAGGGGGCAAGGGUCGGGCUGGCCUGUCUGGCUGUAGUUUGUAUGGUUAGGCACCAGCGAGAUUGAUCCCUUCGAUGUUAUCGUCAGAAAAAAGUCAGAAACUGUCAAAAUGAACUCACGGAUAUCCACGUUUUGGGCUUCCCAACACGAGGCUACGUCGGCCAACGAGGCUACGUCGGCCAACGAGGCUACGUCGGCCAACGAGGCUACGUCGGCCAACGAGGCUACGUCGGCCAACGAAGCCAUCCUCGCCGCCCUCGCCCGGCCGGCCAACGAGGCCAACGAGGCCGCCCUCGCUGCCACCGCCCUCGCCACCACCGCCCUCGCCCUGCCGGCCCGGCCGGCCAACGAGGCCAACGAGGCCACCCUCGCGUUGUUUACCGGCGACGCUCCUGCGGCACCGGGUGGCACCAAGCGGAAGCGUGCCCCGGCCGGCACGAUCCCAAACAAACGAACCCCGCGGUUCACGUGGAACACGGAAAAAACCGCGGCCGUUAUGGAGUGGUUUCUUGUGGCCAAAAACGAAGGGCUUCUUGCCGUGCAAAAGAAGCCAAAUCUGACGUUGGCGUGGCAGCGGGUGCUCGAUCUGGCGCGGGCGGCGUGGGGGGGAGGAAGCGGCGCACUUGACGGAGGUCAAGGUUGCUGA